AUGCAUCCUUCUCUCUUCCUGGUUGCCCUUUGCUUGGGAAUAGCCUCAGCUGCUCCGCAACUCAACCAGAGCUUAGAUGAACUAUGGUCCCAGUGGAAAGCAACACACGGGAAGCUAUAUGGCAUGGAUGAAGAAGGAUGGAGGAGAGAGGUGUGGGAGAAGAAUAUGAAAAUGAUCAGACAGCACAAUUGGGAACACAGCCAAGGGAAACACAGCUUCACGGUGGCAAUGAAUGGCUUUGGUGACAUGACCAAUGAAGAAUUCAAGCAGGUGAUGAAUGGCCUUCAAAUGCAGAAGCACAAGAAGGGGAAAGUGUUCCAAGCACCUCUCUUUGCUAAGAUCCCUUCAUCUGUGGACUGGAGAGAGAAAGGCUAUGUAACUCCCGUGAAGGAUCAGGGUCCGUGUGGUUCUUGUUGGGCUUUUAGUGCAACUGGUGCUCUUGAAGGACAGAUGUUCCGGAAAACUGGCAAACUUGUUUCACUGAGUGAGCAGAACCUGGUGGACUGCUCUCAGGCUGAAGGCAAUGAGGGUUGCAAUGGUGGCCUAAUGAAUAAUGCCUUCCAGUAUGUUAAGGACAACGGAGGCCUGGACUCAGAGGAAUCCUAUCCAUAUCAUGCACAGGAUGAAUCCUGCAAAUACAAGCCCCAGGAUUCUGCUGCCAAUGACACUGGCUUCUUUGACAUCCCUCAGCAGGAGAAGGCCCUCAUGGUGGCUGUAGCAACCAAGGGUCCCAUCUCUGUUGGUAUAGAUGCAAGCCAUUUUACCUUCCAGUUCUAUCAUGAAGGCAUUUAUUAUGAUCCAGACUGCAGCAGUGAAGACCUGGACCAUGGUGUUCUGGUAACUGGCUAUGGCACUGAAAUAGGACAGUCGAUAAACAAAACAUAUUGGAUUGUCAAAAACAGCUGGGGUGCAAAUUGGGGCAUAGAUGGCUACAUAAAGAUGGCCAAAGACCGGAAAAACCACUGUGGAAUCGCCACCAUGGCCAGCUUUCCUGUUGUAUGA